GUUCCCGCUCCCCUAUAACUACCGCGCGCCGCCGGGACAAACGCGCCCACCGCCUCUGAUCCCCGGACGCCGCGCGGGCCGGAGCGCGCGAGUCGGUUGCGGGUGCGCGCAUCGCGGCCGUGCCUGGCCGCUUCGGGCUCGGCGAUACCUCUGGGGUCUCGCCUUGCGGGUGUUCCCCUGCUCGGGACAAAUCGAAACCCACCCGCCCGUCUGCCGGCCCCUCCUCGAUUCCUCUCGUCCGCUCUCCGUCCCCAAAGCCCACGCACCUUUGCUCGGGUGGCUCGCUAGGGUUCUUUUCUGGCCAUGUCGUACCCACUUGUCCCCGCCUGACCCGAUUGGCUCGGCUGCUGCUGCUGCAGCCUGCGUAGCCAGUUUCCAAGUUCCAACCCAAUGGAGGAAGACGAGCAGCCGCAGCCGCCGCCGGAGGGGGAGAAGGAAAAGGAGGAGUCGGAGCCACCCCGUUGCGGGCGGCACCCGUCCCAGCUCCUCACCGGCAUCUGUUCCUUCUGCCUCAUGGAGCGCCUCUCCUCCGUCCGCGACCACCCCGAGGCCGAGAUCGUCGAGGUCGGCGCCGCGGAGCCUGUCGAGGGCUCCGGCGCCGACCCGGGCAAGCUGCGGAAGACGCUCAUGCUGCUCUUCCAGCUCGACGACUCCAGCGGCGGCAGUGGUAUCGCGCAUCCGUCGGAAGGGAAGGACCCCCAAGUAGCGGAAUUUCGGGUGGACUCUGGAGGAGGAGGAGGCGGCGGAGGACAUCGAGGGGGCAAGUGGAAGGGCGGCUCGUGGUUCAGGUCGAUCUUGCCGAGGAAGGGGAUGCGGUGGAGGAGGAACGUGGGCUCUAGUAAGGAGCCCUCGGUGCCGCCGCGGGAGGCGGCGGCGGAUCCGAGCGGCUGCAACGGCAGCUGCGGUGAUGUGCAGGUGGAGCGAAAGAGCUUCCGGCGCUCGUACGAGUGGAUGGUGUGCCGGGAGCCGAGCAGAGGCUCCCCGGAGCCACUCCGUCACUCGUGGGACGGGUCGAUGGUGGGCAGGGCCUUCGCUUGCUCGUUCGCCUGCUUAGAGGAGCCUCCGGAUGCAACGAGGAGGACGAGGCGGAGCUAUGCAGAAGAGGCGGUUGGGGAGAACCGUGUCGGGGUUGCAGAGAGCAGGAGUGGGGGGCACUCGGUUGAUGUGGGCAGCGAGGGGCGGCGUUUCAGGGGAAGGAGUUGUGGUGAGACCGGGAUGGAGAUGACCGUCUCUGGUGUUGGGAGACGGAGGUCCAACAGGUGGAGCAGGGUGUGGGAUCGGAGCAUAACAAGUCCACUCAAAGAAUUUGUGAGAAAGGGAGAGCAUGUUCUUGAGCGGUCCCUCUCGGAGUCCAGGAAGGAAAUCCGGAGGGGUAAAAACGCAGAGGCAGCAGACAUCAAUGGUGAAAUUCAGCCUGGCGGUAGUAACGAACAUGGUUCAGGCAGAGCAAGCCAAGGAGCAAUCAGAAGUUCACAAGCUGCAUCUAAGGGGGAUGCACAGAAUUUCCGCACAGAUUGGCUUAAGAAUAAGGAAUGUAAGAUUGGGAGAAGCAGGAGUUUGCAUUAUACAUCUCCUGGGAACUUGGAGAAUGGGAUGCUACGGUUUUAUCUGACACCAAUGAGAAGCACCAGAACUGCAAACAGGGGGAGGAGGAGAAACUCACGCAUGUUUGCCACAGGACUUUUCGGUUUCAUAUGAGUGGCUGAAGUAGAAUAUUAGCCCAUGCCAUGUGUUUUAGAAGAUGGCAGCAGCAGAAGCAACUUUUCUUUGCAAUCUACUUGGUUUCUAAGGAUUGGCAACAUUUACUUGUAGAAAUCAAGCUGCGGAUAUGGUCAUUUACACCCUAUUUUGGCGGGGGCCGAAUGCUACCCUGCUAUCAGGUAGAGAUAUGUCUGAAUAAAGUCAGAACACAACCAGAUGAUCCAAUCAUUCUCGGAGCAGCCCAGUUGAUUUUAUUUACAAGACAAGGAAAUGCUAGAAGCAAAUGUUCAGUGUGAAGGCCAAGCAGAAGCUCCAGAGUGGACUGGCAAACCUGACUAUUGAUCCAGACAGGUUGGUAUACAUGGGGAAACCAACUUUACCUCUAGGGAAAAAAGAUCUAGUAUUGGCCCUUGAUACCGGAACAAUAGGUUCAAGCAGGCCAGAUGAGUGUGUAUCAAGGUCCCAGGUUCCAUUGAUCGUGUUUUCCAUGUGGCACAGGAAAGGAUUAGACUUAGUGGAGACGUGGUUCAGCAUGUCUUGAAAUGGGAUUUGACCACGGGUGAGAACAAAGCAAUAUCGUGGACAACGGGAGAAGAUAAGUUCAUUGCCAUUGUUGAAACAAAAUUUCCUUCUUCACAGAAUUUUUUGGGAUGAGUUUUACCGUGCCCUUCCUUGCAAGGGUAGAAGUGCUAUCACAAGUGGCUACUACAAUGUCUUCGUCCAAGAGCCCACCAGGCAUACUACAGAUGCCAUCAAUAGUGAUGAUCACUCCAUUCAGCCUGCCUUUAUAAAUUCCUUUCCUCGAGGCCAUGGGCGUCGUAAGUUGAGGUCUGAUAAGCUUUUGUUGGCAAUGGAGAAUAUUUAGAUUGAUGAUCUUCGAUGCCCUUUCAGGUGGUGGGCUUAAAUGCUUUGUAUAUGGAAUUGCUAUAGUGAUGUAGUAGUUUGGCUCUGUUAUUUCGUCCUCCAUGAUCCACCACUUUGAUGUAGUAGUAGGAUGGACUGAUUCUUCUGGAUGGGAUCAUGGGACGAUAGAAACAAACAGGGUUUAUUGAUUGCGACCAUGGAAGGCCUUGAUAUCCUCAAGAAGUCCUGAAAAUCUUGUAAAAUAUAUCUUCUAAAGGAAGUCAGGAAAUUUCGUUGACUUGCGAGCAUGUAUGAUGUGCUUAGCUGUUAAGAGCUUAAUUGUUUCCAUUUCUUCCAAGUUCCAAUGCAUUGGCUGAGUCAGUAACUUAUGUUGAUGCUAUGGAAUUGCUUCCUCUACUAGAAUAUAGUUCCUCUCAAUCAUUCAUCAAAUCAAAUAUAUUAUGAUUUGUUUUGAUGUAUUUCUUUACCAUUUUCAUGUUUAAUGGAUUGUGCUCUGUUCCUCAGCACUUGAAAGCUGAUGUUCCCUGCCCAUGGUUCCGCAGAAUACUGCAAAAAAUACGCCAAACCAGAGGAUGCUGGUGUAAUCCCAGAAGACAAGUCCAGCGAGGAAGAGCUUAGCGAGGAUGAAGAUGACUCUGGCGAUGAGGAGAUACUGGACAAACCAGAUCUGUAGUCACGUUGGAACCUAUUCCUCCGCCUAAUCCGCAUACAAUGCUUAUUGCAGCAACAGUAAUCAAACAGUCUCUGAAGUGAACGUUCCCGUGAAGUCUGGAUGCCAUGUAAAUAAUUGUACGUUCAUCUUCUCUAAUAUUAUUGCCGUCCUCAAUUGACCAA